UCGUCACCACAUUUUCAUCUUCAAUCAAAAUUUCAGUGUGAGAAUUUCUGCAGAAAUCCACCACAAAAAAAAUUAGGGCAGAAAGAAAAUGACGGAGGCGGUGAUCAGGAACAAGGCCGGGAUGGCGAGCAUCAAGGACAUGCCGGUUUUGCAGGACGGUCCUCCACCCGGCGGCUUUGCUCCGGUCCGGUUCGCCCGGAGGAUCCCUAACACUGGACCCAGCGCCAUGGCGAUUUUUCUUACUACUUUCGGAGUCUUCUCCUGGGGAAUGUAUGAGGUCGGCAAAGGCAACAAGAUCCGCAGGGCUAUAAAGGAGGAAAAAUAUGCUGCCCGCAGAGCAAUAUUACCUGUAAUUCAAGCUGAAGAGGAUGAAAGAUUUGUCAAAGAAUGGAAGAAGUAUCUUGCAGAAGAGGCUAGAAUCAUGAAAGAUGUUCCAGGCUGGAAAGUGGGCGAAAGCGUUUACCACUCAGGGAAAUGGAUGCCUCCAGCGAGUGGGGAGCUACGUCCAGACAUUUGGUAAUAUUGUGGUUGUCUGGUUGCUGUUCUGGCUGAUGGGAUUCAGCAAAACAACAUUUUGCUUUGCCAGCAUGAUUCACACAACUAUCAUUGCGCUUUUGCUUUGUUUCAUUAAAUAAGGAUGAUGCUGAAAAUUAUGUUCCAUUGCGUCUAUACCUGUUUCAUUAUAGAUGUUGACAUAUGAUUGUACUGACAAAUUUCUCCCGCUUUUUGGUGUUGAAAUGGUUUAUUUAACGCUUCCA